AUGGGCACCAAGCUGUCCGUCUCGCUUGAGGGGGCUCUUUCCCCGGAGACGGCACCGCGAACCGAUCGCCCGUCUACCUUCGAUCCGCAAGCUGGCUUUGAGCGCCCGCGAAAGGAACGCGUGAUGAAGGCCACUUGGGAAGAGAUGGAGCAGUUCCGGUUGAAGCCUGGACAGCGGGAUUAUUGUGCGCAUCACUUGAUUGACCUUAUGAAGUGUCAGACGAAGAACGCGCCGUUUGCCGGCCACGCUUGCGACGAUCAGCGCGGCGCCUGGGACAAGUGCGAAUACGAGGACCAUUUGAUGCGAAUCAAGGAGUAUGAGCGAGAACGG